CCAGACGAACAAACAAAAUGGCGAUUGAUAUUGUGUAUCGGGGUUUUCUGCUUGUGUGUUUGUGUAUAGGAGCUAGAUCGCAGUUUUUUGUUGCUGUAGUAGAAGACGCAAAACUUAAGCAAAAUAAGUUAAUAGGAAGAACUUUAGAAUGGGAAGGGAAGAUAAAAGUAAUCAAAUCACAUGACCAGAACCAAACUUUAGCUGAAGUCUGCGAACAGCUAAAAACUGGAGCAAAUGCAAUUAUCGACAUGGCUGCCCCAAACGUGGGCUUAUUGAUACGAUCAUUUGCACGUACUGUUGGUCUGCCAUAUAUUACUGUUGUGGACACUUCAACAUUACAGUCAAAGGACUUUGACCCUGAUCUGCACAUAGGCGUGGAGCCGCCUGGGUCGACGAUGUUUCGAGUCAUACCAGACAUUGUUAGAUAUGCGAAUCUCACUAAGAUUGCAAUACUUUAUGAUCAGUCAUUUGAUCUUCAUACCAUAGCCAAGAGAAUUUUAACUGGUGUUCCAGCACAGCACUUAUACCAGGAAAUUGCCAUAGGAGAGGGUCUUGCCGAACAGAUGAAAAAGCUGAAAGAUAUAGGGACAAAAAUUUUCAUUCUUGUUAGUGAUAAGAACAGUGCAGAGAGUGUUUUAGGCGAGGCAAGAAAGCAAGAACUUAUGGAUGAAGCUUACAACUGGUUUGUUAUAACGAAGGGACAUGAAUUAUGCUCGAAGUGUAGAUCAGGGAAGUCGGAGUCUGUUAUACAUAUCAACGGUAACGAAUCAUACAACUACACGUCAAGGGAUGCUUAUUUAGACUUUGUCAAAAUACAACUCAGAGAAAACUUUUUCACCAUAUACGGAUUCAAUAUCGACGCAGCUUUUAUGUAUGAUUUGCGAAUGAUUCUGGACGAUGUAUCAGAUCGUUUCAUAAACGCUACACCAGUCAUCAUCCCUGAUUGCAAUACAGUUUCUCUUGUAAGGAACCAAUCGCGAGUCGACGAAUCAAAGAAAAUCGUGGAACCUUUCAAAACGGCAAAACGGACUGGUGUUUAUGGAAACAUAUCAUACAGGAAAGGCAUGCUGAGACAGGAUGUCCAGUUAACGAUCAAUCGUGUCAUACUUGAUAACUUAAAUAAAAAUACGUUAGGAACGUGGAACGAAGUAGACCGUAUAUCUGUCAAAGGGAAACUAACAAAAGAAGUUGGAAAGAAGAAAUAUAGGGUAGUCAUUGUUCCGAAGUAUGAGCCUUUUGUGAUAAAGUUGACUGAUAAUUCCAAGAAAAAUGUCACAAGAGCCGACUACGAUGGAUAUUGCUUAGAUCUACUAGACGCUAUUGCUGAAACAGCAGAUUUUGAAUACGAGAUUGAAGAGUCACCAGAUGGCUUGGUUGGCGCUAUGUCAGAUGAUGGUUCGUGGGAUGGUGUUAUUAAACAUCUAAUGGAUAGGAAGGCUGAUAUUGCAGUUGGACCAAUUUCAGUGAUGGCCGAGAGAGAAAACGUUGUCGACUUUACUGUUCCAUAUUAUGACCUCGUAGGAUUGACUAUACUCAUGAAGAAACCUAAGUUUGAUUACAAAAUUACAAAAUUUAUUGAAGUUUUAGACAAUUAUGUGUGGCUGUGUAUCAUCGCUGCGUUUUUCUUAUUUAGUGGACUACUGUGGGCCUUUGAUAAAUUUAGCCCCUAUAGUUACCAGAAUGAUAAAACGCUUUGGGAUGGACAAGGACCAGAGCCUAGGGUUUUCUCUUUCAAAGAAGGAAUUUGGUUUUGUAUGAUGUCACUAACACCACAAGGCGGUGGUGAAGCACCUAGAGCAUUAUCAGGUAGACUUAUUGCUGCCACUUGGUGGUUGUUUGGUUUCAUUGUUAUUGCAACAUACACAGCAAAUCUGGCUGCUUUCUUGACGGUUUCAAGAAUGGAUGAGCCAAUAAAAUCCUUAGAUGAUCUAUCGUCUCAGUACAAGAUUCAAUAUGCGCCAAUGAAUGGAAGUACUGGCCUUGUUUACUUUAAAAGAAUGGCAGAAAUUGAACAGAAAUUCUACACAAUUUGGAAGCAGAUGAGUUUGAAUGACAGCUUGGAUGCUGUGCAAAGGGCUAAACUUGCUGUUUGGGAUUAUCCAGUUAGUAACAAGUACACAAAGCUGUGGGAAACCAUGCAAGAUACAGGAUUUCCCAACACUCUAGAAGAGGCCACUACGAGAGUCAUUUCGGGAGAUUUUGCGUAUAUUGGCGAUGCUGCGGAGAAUAAAUUUCAAACGUUGACAAAAUGUGACUUAUGGGAAGUUGGAGAAGAAUUCAGCCGUAAACCAUUUGCGUUUGCUGUACAAGAAGGCUCACCACUGAGGAAUAUUCUGUCCAAUGCGAUAUUAAAGUUAUUGAAUCAAAGGAAGUUGGAAACGUUGAAACAUAAAUGGUGGACGAAUAACCAAAAGAAGAAAACAUGUCCAGACAUUGAAAAUGAAAGUGAUGGUAUAAGCAUAAAAAAUAUUGGCGGUGUCUUCCUCGUGAUUGCUGUUGGAACUGCACUUUCGUUGAUUUGUCUGGCGUUUGAAUUCUACUGGUAUAAAUAUCGACCUCAACAAGAUGGAAUGAGAUAUAAUGUCAAGAGGAACCAAUCAAAAGCAUCAUUAACGACCAGCGCAACAGCAACGACUAACUUGUCCAAUGGUAAUGGUUCAUCUCUCUGGGCUAACAAUGCUCCAGAUUUUGUACCGGAAGAAGAGACAAGAAAUAACGGCAUGGUUCAUUUUGAACUAAAUGGACAGCUAUAAAAUAGCGCUUCAUCAUAUGCGAAUAAAACAUUAACAUCUGUAAAUGAAAUAGAUGCCUUCAAGACAGACGAAAAGGGAUAUAGAAACAUUUAAAAGCUUUGAAUAUGCUUUUACAAAUCAGUUACUUCAUACAUCGUUGCUAAAGAUGUCUGUGGAAGCUUAUUCUCUAACUCAACUUGUUCAUUGGCUUGAGUAGUGUGUUUUGUAUUGUAGACAGUGACUUAGUUUACUUUACUUCUAAAUUAUCUUGACUUAUAAAAACGGUUAAAAAUCCAUCCGUUUGGUUUUGUAAUAUUACUUAAAAAUUUAACAUAUAGUGUUGUGUUGAAAAAUGUGAUAUUCAUUGAACUUGAUUUUCUUUAUUAAGAAUGUCAUUCUCCUUGUCAUAGUUUGUAUAGAAAUAUAGUUAUUUUAUUUACAAGUAUUGCACUAAAUGCAUAAACAAAAUGUUUUAAAUAUUGUCUUAAUAGAUAUAAGAAGAUGUGGCAUGAAAACCAAUGAGUCAACUCUCCAUCCAAGUCACAAUUUGUAAAAGUAAACCAUUAUAGGUCAAAGUACGGCCUUCAAUAUUAAAAAGAAAAUACUUAAUUUCCUAACAUGAACAAUUUAUUGCAUGUAUAGCAAUUUGAUUAAUAUUUAUUAAUUUUUCAUUUUAGCAUUUUGUUUCUGUUUUUAUCAAUGUCGAAAGUACUUUUUACUAGUGCUCGCAUCUUAGUAUACUAAUAUAUAGAUUAUCUGACAAGCAGUUUUAAUAAAUUAUACUAUUCUAAUUAGCGAACUUUCAGACGUGGGUAAACUAUGGGAAUGUUCAAACAAGGAUAUUAAUCAGUGAAUGAAUGUUACAUUUUACACUGAUUAAAAGUUAGAUAUCAAUAAAUCGGCCAUCCAACUUUCUGUCUCUAGACUAUUCUAGAUUGUACAUAAUACAGGGAAAGGGCUGUGUCUGCAUAUUUGUUCCGCAUAAUACAUGUUCCACGUGGAACAAAAUGGUAGAUAGUAGAUAACAAAAGUUCUUGAGAACUAAAAUCAAAUGAUAUUUAAUCCUUCUUCAUAAAAUUAUUUCCUGGAACAUAAAGCCCCAUAAAAUUUGUUCAUACCGUAGGAUGACUGGAAAUUGUACAAUAGACAGAUUUUUUAAUGUCAGCAAAAAUACACAUGUAUAUCACGUGAUUGUUUACAACCAAGUGCAUUUUGAUAAGUACAUUUUGUAAUCAUCUGUACAUGAAGGUUAAUAUAUACAAAACUUCUCUUACAUAUAACUAUUCCUAGAAAUUAUGUAACAUGAUAAAUAUUCCCCUUUAUUUUAUAAUUAAAAACGGUGAUAACUAUAUAUUUUGUAAAUCUUGUAAUGUUGUUUUGAAACGAGUAUUGUCACAAAUACAAAUACUUGCAAUUUCACAAUCAAAUUUUAUAGUUUUUAUAUUCCUAUGUAAUGGUUUCUCUCAAAGUGUUAUAUACAUGUAGGAAUCAUAUUUGUUGCUAAAGUUCCAACAUUAUAUUUGUUCAAGAGAAUUUUAUUGUGUAACAAAAGUUUCGGUGGGAACUUUCAUUAUAUAUUGAUUUAUCCAGUAUGUUAGAAAUUUUAUUAUUGAAAAUAAAUUAUUAUAUUGAAUAGAUAUUAUGAAAGUGGACUUUUAUACACUCACAGGGCAACUGCCAUGUAUCCUUACUUAACGCAGACAUGUUCAUAAACAAAAUAGUCAAUUAAAUCAUGUUUAUUCUUCAAGUACGGUAUAUCAGCUAACAUUUGGUGUUACAAAAACAAUGCAGUAAGCUUAAUAGUACAACACAGUACCAUGUAUUGAAAUUCUAUGGAUAUCUGUAUCAAACAUAUCUUAUCAUUGUCGGAAAAACUCUACUGUACAAAAAAAAACAAAAAUGGUAGUGGACAUAUGGGAUAUCAACGGACAAAAUUAUGAAAUAAUAACAACAAAAAUUACAUUUCAUUUUGCAUCGAUUUAUUUAUUAUGUCUUUCAUAUUCAGUAUCAUUUCAUGAUGUAUAUUUUAUCCUGUUUGCUGUUAAAAUUAAAAGUUUAUAAUGUUGUUAUUUUUGAAUUUUGUUUUACAAUAUAUAUCAAAUAAAUCAUUUAUAGAAUA